UGUGUGUGUGUGUGUGUGUGUGUGGUAGCUUGAAGCCCAUAUCGGACUAGAAAUUGGAAAUUGAGGAGUGCGAAUUAAAGAUUAGAUUUUGAUGAAUCAACAUACUUCUUGAUUUUAGGUCAAAUUUAAUCUUCAAUCUAUAGUCUCUUUCUCUCUCUCUAUCUGCUACUGGCAUGACGUCACUUUUGCACGCAUGCGCGACAUCAAGGAAACGAAGUAAAAAGAGUCUCACCGACUCAUCAAACCGAUGGUGUCGCAUUCUACGGGGAAUUAUUUGUAGCUUUAUCGCAAAUGAUAUUAUCGACUUAUAGUAAAUUUGAAUACGUCGAUAAUCUUAUCGUACACGGAUGAUCACCGUCCAACAUAGAUGUCAGAAGUGUACUUCCCGAAUCGAAUGAUUGAGGAUUGGUUGAAUAUUGUCAAAACUACGAAUACAAAUUAUUACAAAAAAGGAAAAUGAGAUCAUUUUUAUACAUGAUGCAGAUGAAUCAUCUGUGAAAAGUGUGCAAUAUUGAUGGAACUGAAGAAAUGUGAUAGUUGUCUCGUUUGUAUUUCGACACAACAUUCCCUGAUGCUCCAUUAACCUUGUACAGCAACGAUAUAUUGAUAAUAUAACUCUAACAAUGUGAUAGAUCUUUAAAUGACUCUGCACGCGACACCAGCUUCACCGACGAUAUUGCGAUACAGCAAGCGUCACAUCAAGCAGUAUGAAUCAUGUAUGGGUGUAAAAAUGAGUGGUGUAAAGCAUAAGAUAUGCAUGGUCUCGGAUUUCUUUUAUCCAAACAUGGGCGGCGUCGAGGAGCACAUUUUCAAUUUAUCCCAAUGCUUGCUAGAGCUUGGACAUAAAGUGGUAAUACUUACGCACUCCUAUGGUGAUAGAGUAGGAGUACGGUACAUGACAAACGGUUUAAAAGUAUAUUACAUUCCUGUAAAAGUGUUCUACAAUCAGUGUGUGCUUCCAACGAUGAUAUGUUCUCUUCCGCUCAUUAGAUACAUCUUCAUAAGAGAAGACAUACAGAUAAUACAUGGCCAUUCUGCAUUCUCUGCUUUAGCACAUGAGGGGAUGUUGAUUGGUAGAUUAAUGGGACUGAAAACCGUUUUCACGGAUCAUUCUCUUUUUGGCUUCGCGGACGCCUCUGCUAUUCUGACGAAUAAAUUUCUUGAGAUAUCACUGGUCGACUGCGAUCAUUGUAUAUGCGUGUCUCAUACUGGGAAGGAAAAUACAGUAUUACGAGCGAAAGUGCAGAAAGAGAAAGUCUCAGUUAUUCCAAAUGCUGUGGACACCACGUUAUUCACACCUGAUAUCAGUAAACGGAGUAAUGAUUUUAUUACCAUAGUGAUAGUAUCACGAUUAGUGCACAGGAAAGGUGUUGACCUCCUAGCCCAUAUAAUACCUGAGAUUUGUUCGCGGCAUAAGAACGUACAAUUCUUAAUUGGUGGAGACGGCCCAAAGAGAUGGCUUAUAGAGGAAGUGCGAGAAAGAAACUUGUUACAGCACCGAGUUACCUUGUUGGGCAGCUUGGAGCACUCGCAAGUUAGGCAUGUCCUGAACAAGGGUCACAUCUUUCUAAACACAAGUCUUACGGAGGCUUAUUGUAUGGCUAUUGUAGAAGCAGCUUCUUGCGGUUUGCAAGUAGUGUCGACGAAGGUUGGUGGAAUCCCAGAGGUCUUGCCAGCGGAUUUGAUUUAUCUCGUGGAACCCACCGUACCCGCGUUAAUCGAAGGACUGGAAACAGCCAUAGCGGAUUAUAAGAAGGGCAACGUCAGAUGUCCAUUCGAGUUGCACAGGAGCAUAGGCUUGUUCUACAAUUGGUUCAAUAUUACUAAACGUACCGAAAUAGUGUAUAAUUUAGUGAAAUGCGAGACCAAGAAGAAUCUGGGACAGCAGUUGAAGAAUCAAAUACGAAGUGGUGUAUUGGCCUACUUGCUCGUAGUGUCACUGUGUUAUAUAAUACUACAGAUUUUGGAAUUCCUCGUUCCUAGAAAGUAUAUUGAUAUUGCACGAGAUUAUAGCGAAAUUCAUGUUGUGCCAUCUAAUGGGAAGGGAAAAGAAGAUUAAUCAAUUGCCGACAGCCCGAAAUGUGAACUUCUCUCAAUGUGUUCAAGUAUUUUAUUCUGUACUCUAAAACAUUCCAGAACUCGCGUUUUCCCUGCAAAAAUUAUUGUUACAGGUAAUUGAAGUACUUCUCCAUAAAAAGAACAAUCGUCGUUGCAUUUACCGAUGAAAUUUUUAAGGAAAUAUAUAUAUAUAUAUAUAUAUAUAUAUAAGGAAAUAUAUAUAUAUGUAUAGAUGUUGUACAUAUAUAACAAUGUAACAAAACAUGCGCAAAGUACAAAUGUCAUAAUACUUGUUUGUAGAGUUACAAAUGAUGUAACGUAUCGUGACGAUUUCAUUCACGUCAUCUUGCUCUCGUAAUUGUUAUUGCUUAAAAGUAAACGAUAGCGCUCGACGUGUCGCCUUAUGUUGAACACUAGAUCGUUUAUGAAAAUAAUGUAACUUGUCCAUUAAAUGAUUUUUAUUAUGAUACAUGACAUCGUAUGAAUCAAUGCGUCUGUGUAACAUGUUAUAACAAUUCGAUAACGAUAUUCCAACUGCAACGCCGCUCAAUCCGCAUACAUGCAGUACAUAUGCUUAAGAAAGAUAUUGCAUCACUGACAUUACAAAAUAUCUGUGUGUAUUAGAAAUCGCGCUUACGUUUAAAGCAAUCUGCACUGCCUUUUAAGCAGUUAUGUGUAGCAAUGUGUAGAAUAGAAAGAUUAAUUUAUUCAUGUUCACAUGUUUCAGCACAAUAGUGCAAUUGUCAUAUUUGGCAUUUUUCAUAAAUUACCUUCAAAGUA